CGAGAGGUUUCUAGGUUAAGGAUGUCGAUUUGGGGGUUUCGUCUUAGGGUUGUAAAUCGAGAAGGGGGUUUCGAUUUCUUGGUUAAAAUCGACAUACGGUUUCCUUUUAGGGUUCGUUUAUCGUGGAUUUCAUUUCGAUUUGGGGGUUUCGUGUAAGGGUUUGAAAUCUAAAAGGGGGUUUUAAUUUCUUCGUUUAAAUCAACAUACGGAUUUCUUUUAUUGUUUGUUCAUCGUGGAUUUGAAUUGGAUUUGGGGGUUUUUAGUUAGUCUUUCAAUUUUUUUUUUUGUUUCUCGGUUGCUUCUGUUCUAAUUAUUUGUUUUCCUGAUACAGAUGGAUCCUGAAGCAGAGAUAAGAGACACAAAGAGAAGAAAUGAGCACAUCGAUAUGCUUUCAUACGUGUGUGAUUCAGAACACGGGAUUCCGACGAGGUGUCCCUGUGGUGGGAGUAUAAUUCACGAGGUUCGUGGGAAGGAGGAAUACGACACUCUCCCCGGCAAGCGUUUCUUCACCUGCAUAAACUACGAGGCUGAUGGUUUUCAUUAUCGUCAGCCUUGGGUCAUUGGUGUGCAGGAGCAUAUCGAACGGCUCACAAGUCGUGUGGAGGAGGUGGAGGCGGUGAUCAAGUGGCUGCCGGAAGUGAAUAAUAAGAUUAAGAGUCUGGAGGCAGAGGUAAAAGCCCUCACUGUGGAGGUUGAUAGGCUCACUGGGAAGGUUUAUAACCUGACCGUGCAGGUGGAUCACUUGGAGAAAUGCUGCUUCGACUGAAAACACAAAGGUAACCACACUAUCCCUAGAGUUGUUGCCUAAUGAAUUUGAACUUGAACUAGAGUAGGUUAGAGUAGUAGUAGAAUUUAAACUUGAACUGAACCAGAACUGAAGUAGUUGUGUAGUUAAGUUAAGUGUAAUAAAUUUUUGAAUGGUCUGUGUGAACUUGGAUUUAAACUUCAACUGAACCAGAACUAAAUUUAAACUUGAAAUAAUUAAUUUGAAAACCUGAUUUGAUGUUUAUUGAAUGGUCUGUGUGAAGUAGUUGUGUAGUUAAGUUAAGCGUCAUCAAUAUUUAGUGGUUAGAAGGUGUUUACUUCCUUGUACUUUCAAACCCAAAAGUAGUUUAAAAACCUAGCUAAUCGACAUCUUAAAACAGAAACGAAAACUUAAAAACUUCAAUACUCAACCAAAAUGGAUCCUUUUCCCCUAAACUCUCCCGGCUUUGUUAACCUGCUUACUUCCCAGACCACUCAGCCAAUAGAAAUAGGAUCUUCUGAGGUUCCUAAACCUCCGGAAAGGAGGAAGUGGACAACCAAAGAAGAUUUGGUGUUGAUCAGUGCUUGGUUGAACACCAGCAAGGAUCCAAUAACCAGUAAUGAGCAGAAGCUAGGAGCAUUUUGGAAGAGAAUAGAGGAGUACCUGAAUGCUAGCCCUCUGCUCGUUGGCUCUAUUCCUAGGGAGUGGAGUCAAUGUAAGCAGAGGUGGGGAAGGAUUAAUGAGCAGGUGUGUAAGUUCGUGGGAUGUCAUGAAGCUGCUCUGAAGGAGCAGGCGAGUGGACAUAAUGAGAAUGAUGUCAUGAAGGUGGCUCAUGACAUCUUCUUUAAUGACUACAAAUCCAAGUUCAUUCUUGAACAUUGUUGGAGGGAGCUUCGGUUUGAUCAAAAAUGGAGAUCACACAGUCUGACAUCAAAUGGUGCAAAGGAGAAAAGGAAGGAAACUGCGGAUGAGGUGGGUCGCGAGGAAGAUGUUAGACCUCCCGGAGUCAAGGCUAGCAAAGCAGCAAAACGCAAGAAGCAUGGCAAUGAAGCAGCGUUUGAUCAGAUCGAAACCAUUCUAGCAGCCAAGAAUAUGUUAUCCAAACAGAAAAUACUUGAUAGGUUGCUAGGAAAAAACGCUGAUACACUUACAGAUCAAGAGCUUGCUCUAAAAAACAAACUCAUAUCUGAAUUGCUUUAAGUUGGUGAGUGGUUAUUUUUUUUUUGAAAUUUAUAGUAGGUUGCUAGGAAAUGCAGUGUAUGAUGUUUGUGUUUAAAUCUUUUCCUUGAUGUAUAUUGAUAUUGUAACUGUUGUGCUUUGUAGGUCACGGGUUCAAGGAGGAGGAUGCGUGGAUGGUUGCAGGUCUCUGUUUCUUUAUGUAUCAAAUCAAGUCACGGGUGGUAAUGUAGUAGUAGGUGGUUGUAGUGGUAGGUUAUGUAAGAUGGAAUCACGGGAGAGUGUAGUGUUUUUCAACUUUCUACACUCGUUUUAUGUAUCAAAUCAAGGGUAUGUCCCCACGGCUUUGCUUUUGUACUCACGGGUGUAUGUACCCACAUGCUACUUGCUUCAAUGUUUUUCUAUAUAAAUGACUAUGUGUUUCAUUCUAUUUAUCUCAUUCAUGCAUUUUAUCAAAACUAUCUUACCAUCAGCCAUACUUUUAUCUAAACUAUCUCACCAUCUCGUAAUCUCACCUACCAACACCACUACGAGAAUCACCAACCAACACCACGAGAAUCACAACAACAAUCAAACAAGAAUCACCAAUCAACACAAGGAAUCAACUCUACUACUCCUCAACCCCACGGAUCAUCUCUACCAUUCAACAGAGGUAAGUUGAAAACCCAAAAUUCUAAGUAAUGAACACAUCCUUAAAUAAUGAAAUUCUAAAUUCUAUAUUAUCAGAUUUAAAACCAAAAAAAGGUUUAUAAUUUACUAAAGUUAAAACCCAAAAAAAAAGAUUCAAGAGAAAUAAACAGAUUUAUAAUUUUCAUGAAAAUAUUUACUAAGUUUAAGACCAAAAUAAUAAAAAAAAAACUAAGGUUAAAACCGAAAUAAAAUUGAAGAGAAAUAGAGAAAUAUACUGAUUUA